AAAAUAAAAAUUCAAAUGCGAAUAGAAAUAAGUAAUAAAAUACUCCAUAUACAAGUUGACUAUCCAGCACGCCAAGCAAACUUGUUCUCUUUCCUGUAGCUAGGCUAGGAUCGUUGAAAUUCUUUCAUAGACAUCUAUGAACAAUUACUUUUCUCUUGAAUCAGAAAUAGCUAAAUUUUCAUUUUGUUUAUCCUAAUCCCUAAAUGCCAUGGAAACAAUUUCUUUAUCAUGUUUUCGUCCAAUUUGGAACAAACAUAAUUAUCAACUGGAAGAUAAUCUUGAUCCGUUGAAAUAUGCUUUUAACCAACUGAAGAACAAGAAGGAGAACAUAAAAAUUAGGAUAAAGCGUGAAGCAAGCCCGUACAAGGAGCGCACCUACAGAGUGACUGACUGGCUGUAUAGGGCAGACCGGUUAGAAGCAGAGAUAGAGAAAGUUAUUGCAGAAGGUCAAGAAGAACUGCUGAGGAGAGAGCCUAGAUGUUGCUGCGCCAAUUGCUUCUAUAAUUCAAGUUCUGAAGUUGGGAAGAGAGUUUGGGAAAAGCUCAACUCCGUCAAUCAAAUCUUGAUUGAAGGUAAUUUUGAUUUUGUUGUUCAAAGAACUCCUCAUGAUUUUGUGGAUUUGAUUAAUGUUGAGGCCACUGUGGAUUUUGAAUCUGGAUUGGAUGAUGUUUGGAGAUGUGUUGAGGACGAUAGUUUUAGAAUUAUUGGAAUAUAUGGAAUGGCAGGUAUUGGCAAGACUACUCUUUUGAAAAAGAUUAAAGAUGAGCUCCUUAUUAGAAGACAAGAUUUUGAGAAGGUGAUUUGGGUUAAAGUGUCCAGAGAAGCAAAUGUUGGUGCAAUCCAGAAUGUUAUUCGCAAACAGUUUAGCAUCUCGAAUGACACGUGGAAAAGUACAAACAUGAGAGAUAAAACUAUGGCUAUGGAGAGAUUGUUGGGCAGUAGAAAGUUCAUAUUGUUAUUAGAUGAUGUAUGGGAUAGAUUAGAUCUUUUAAAACUUGGGGUUCCUCUAUCUAAUCAAAAUGGUAUCAAAGUCAUAUUCACAACUAGAUCAGAAAGGGUGUGCGAUGAAAUGGAAGCUCAGGUAAAAUUGAAAUUGAAAUGUUUGUCACGGGAAGAGGCAUUGAAAUUGUUCUUGAUAAAGGUUGGUGUGGAUCAUAGUCAUCCUAUGAAAUAUGUUGCGGACACUAUCAAUGCAGAAUUUUGCCAAGGUUUGCCACUUGCCCUUGUAGCUGUUGGGCAAGCAAUGGCUAAAAUGAGUAAUCGUAAGCUGUGGGUAACUAGGACAUUGCAAACCUACCCACCAAUGUUGCCAGGUAUGGAUCAUAUUUUUCGCAUUAUUGAGCCUAGUUUUGAGAGCUUAGACGAUGAUACACUUAAAGAUUGUUUCAUAUAUAUUUCUAUGCUGCCUAAUAUGAUUAGAAAAGAUGAACUCAUUAAGCUAUGGGUUGGAGAGCGGAUUUUGGAUAUGUCCACUAAGAACUUGGGAGACUAUAUUAUCAAGAGGUUAAAGGAAUCUUGUCUAUUAGAGGUUGAUGAAUUAAGUGAUAUUUUUUGGAUGCAUGGUAUCAUUCGUGCAUUUGGCUUGUGGUUAGGUCGUGAACGCGGGAAAAAGGAGAAUGCUUUUUUAGUACAAGAACGAAGGUUAGAAAAAUGGACUGAAGCUGUGAGAAUAUCAAUUUAUGAUCAGAAUGAUGAUGUACUGCUUCCUUUAUGUCCUUGUCCUCAACUUCACACUUUGCUUAUUAGAAACAGUGAAAUAAGUGCAUUGCCAAUGGAAUGGCCCUCUAUGAGUUCCUUAGGAGUUUUAGAUUUGUCAAAAAACAAAAGGUUAGUUGAGUUGCCUAGUAGCAUUGGUUCAUUAAGCAACUUGCAAUAUCUUAAUAUCUCUUUUACAAAUAUAAAGGAAUUGCCUGUAGAAACUAAAAAUUUGGCAAAUUUAAAGCUUUUGCUUAUGGAUUAUACUGAAAAAUUUCAAGUUAUACCUAAGAGAUUAAUAUCAAGUUUUCCGUCACUGCAAGCAUUCAAUAAGUUAGGCAAUGAAAUCUUUGAUGACACAGUCUUGUUAGAAGAGUUGGAAUCCAUUGAACGUCUGGUUGACAUAAGUGUUAGCUUGUUCAGUUAUUUGGCUGUAGAAAAGAUGCUGAACUCUUCAAGAUUGCUAAGUUGGAUUAGGAAUCUAUCUAUAAAGCAAGUAGAGAAGCUCAAAAUUCCAAUUUCAGUUUUAUCAAGAAUGGUGCAUUUGAAAGAACUUGUUAUAGAAAACUGUGAAUAUUUAAGAUUUGAAAGUGACAAUACCCAAUAUUAUGUUUUGAACUUUCAAAGUCUACAAAUUCGGGGUUGUUCCAAGAUACAAGAUUUGCAAUGGCUCAUUUUCGCUCCUAGAAUCCGAACACUUGAUUUACGAAAUUGUGAAUCAUUGCUUGAAAUUGUAGGUGGUGAUUUUAAAUCCGAAGAAAUUAAAGAAAUUGAUGAACGUUUAGGUAUAUUAUCAAAUCUAAAGAAAUUACAUUUGGGAGAUCUUCCACAUUUACACCAGAUUUGCCAUCAGGCCUUGCAAUUUCCAGUUCUAGUGAAUGUAGUUGUCAUUGCCUGCCCAAGCCUAGUAGAGCUCCCAUUUCAUUUACAUAGUGCAAAGAGGUUGAGUGACAUAAAAGGAAGCAAAAGCUGGUGGGACCGCUUGAAAUGGAAGGAUGUACCUACUAGAGAAGUUUUUCAAUGCAAAUUUCAAGAUGUUUUUGGAGCUGGCCAGGAAACCCAUGUCUCAGGAACUGCUCCUUCACACAUGGACCGACAACAAGAGCUGAAGCCUCUCAGCAUUGAGAGCUCCACAGAAGUUGGCUGUGAAGCUAGCCCACCUCAUUCUGUAAGCCACACAGAUAUUACUCCUUCAAAAACAAAAGGAAAAGGAAAAGGAAAAGGAAAAUCAAUGUUGAAGUCUCCUAUUGGCAAUAGGAGAAAAUCGGUCCUGGACCGUCAAGCAGAGGUUACUCCUUCAGAUACAAAAGGAAAAUGGGCAUUGAAGUCUCUUAUUGGCAUUAAGGAAAAAUCAAUAUUGGAACGCCGUACGGAGUUUGCUCCUUCAAGUACAAAAGAAGAAAAAUUGAUGUUGGAGUCUCUUGUUGGUAUUAAGAGGCUUGGAAGUAAUUGGCCAAAGUCCUUUACUUUUAAAGAACUAGUUGUGGCAACUUCUAGUUUCUCUGAUGUCAACCAGCUAGGUAUGGGUGGUUUUGGUACAGUCUAUAAGGGAAUACUUUCAAGUGGUCAAGUUGUUGCAAUCAAGAAGUUCAGUAAUUCUUAUAGAAGUGUGGAUAAAGAAUUUUGGGUAGAGAUUGAAAUCAUUAGUCGGAUACAUCAUCGUAAUAUUAUCAAGCUGAUUGGAUAUUGCCAAAAUAAAGAUAACAAAUUAAUUGUUUAUGAGUACCUUCCCAAUUACUCCUUGGGGUCUCAUUUACACGGAGAGAAGAAGCCGACUAUUAAUUGGUCAACCAGAAUGCAAAUUGCAUUGGGCUCUGCAAAAGGAUUGGCGUAUUUGCAUGAUGACUGUGAACCAAGGAUCAUCCAUCGAAAUAUCAAGCCGAAUAAUAUUCUUCUUGAUCAUAACUUUGAACCUAAGAUUUCAGGAUUUGAACUUGCUUUAAGCUUUCAAGAUUCUGAUUCUGAAAUUGACAUGGAGCCCAUUGCAGGAACUAUGGGUUAUCUGGCUCCUGAGUAUGCCCUAAGUGGGGUGGUCACUGUUAAGGUCGAUGUCUACUCCUUUGGUGUUGUGCUUUUGGAGUUGGUUACAGGGAAGAAAGCUAAUAUGAGAGAGAGCUAUGACCAUGUUGGCCUAGUUUCUUGGGUAAAAUCUCUAUUCAGAGGAGGUUUGAAGACCGGUGAUUAUUAUGCAUUUAUCGACCCCAAACUGCAAGACUAUGAUGAAUAUGAAAUGGAUCGAAUGAUUUAUUGUGCUGCAGCUUGUGUGUAUAAACCUGCAAACCUCCGCCCAGAAAUGAACCAGAUAGUUGAAGCUCUAAGAGGAAAUAUUCCUUUGGCGAGUAUAUGGCAUGCGGAAGACGAUGCUUUCCUAUCUGAUCGACCACCGUAUGAAUCUCAAUUUCGUGCAGGGUCGGUUGGUCGAGAUGAGAUUCAUGAAACUCCAAUUCCAUCUCCUGCACGAAGCACGGGGUCAGGCGGACGAGAUGAGAUUUACGAGGUUCAAGAGUAUUUGAGAUAAAACCAAAGAAAUCAACACUGCAAUGCUAGUACUGGUUUCGUGAUUUUUUAUCCUUUGUAUACAUUGCUCUAAAUGAUUGUUUGGAGUGAUGGAUUGUGAAAUUCACGGAUGUCAUAAAAUCAAUAUUCCAUGAAUCUCACGUUCCAUUAUAUGUAUAGAAACAAAAAAAAUUAUGAAUUUGAUCUGAAAUUUUCAGAAUAAAAUUAAGUGAAUUCACUAUGGAA